AUAAAACCAAGCCUUUCCACCUCUCUUAAAUUCAUAUCCUUAUCGCCGGAAAAAUGUCCGCCGAUGAUCCAAAAACCCCACUUCUCCCCAUUGACGAUCGUGCCGAACCAUCGUCGAGCUCACCCUUUUCUCUCAAAUCCUUAGUCACACUCAAAACUUUGUAUGUCCUGUUAGGCCCCAUAUUGUGUGCCAUCAUCUGUCUUUUUGUCAAGUUCGAUGGCACAGUGAGUAGCCGCAGCAUGUUGGCGGUUCUAGCCUGGGUGUUUUCCUGGUGGCUGACCGAGGCCGUGCCGAUGCCGAUCACCUCCAUAGCACCUCUGUUCUUGUUCCCUCUCUUCGGAAUAUCUUCUGCCGAUACUGUUGCACAUUCUUAUAUGGACGAUGUGAUUACCCUUGUUCUGGGCAGUUUCAUACUUGUUCUUGCUGUUGAACGUUACAAUAUUCAUAGAAGAUUGGCCUUAAAUAUCACAUCAAGAUUCUGCGGGGAACCGGUGAAUCCACCGCUGCUCCUACUCGGCAUCUGCGCUACCACGUUCUUCGUCAGCAUGUGGAUGCACAACGUGGCGAGCGCCGUCAUGAUGAUGCCGGUGGCCACUGGGAUCCUACAUCGUCUCCCGACGGGUCCCAUCCAAUCAACUCAUGUCCGCAGCUUCUGUCGGGCAGUCAUCCUCGGCGUCACCUACGCCGCACCCAUCGGCGGGAUGAGCACCCUCACCGGAACCGGCGUGAACUUGAUAUUGGCGGCCAUGUAUAAAGGCUCCUCACCGGAAGCCGAUUCCAUCGGUUUCAACACAUGGUUCUUCUUCGGUUUUCCAUUGGCCGUAUCGAUUUUCUUCGCCUUGUGGGCGAUUCUCUGCUUGCUGUAUUUACGCCGGGGAUCGAGCCAAGCGCUCGCUCCAUACUUGGAUAGAGCGCAUCUGAAGCGAGAAUUGGACUUGUUAGGCCCGAUGGCUUUUGCCGAGAAGAUGGUUUUAGCAGUAUUUGGAAUGAUGAUAGCUUUGUGGAUGACCAGAAGCAUAACAGAAGACAUUCCAGGCUGGGGAGCUCUCUUCCAUGGCCGUGCAGGCGAUGGAACCGUCAGUGUUCUCAUGGCAACACUUUUGUUCAUAAUCCCAAACAAGAAGCAAAAGGGUGAGGCAUUGAUGGACUGGAAUGAAUGCAAGAAGCUACCGUGGGGCAUUAUUUUGUUACUAGGGGCCGGUUUUGCCAUUGCCGACGGCGUCCAGUCGAGCGGACUCGCCAAUGUUUUAUCAGGAACUCUAGAUUUCCUCGAAGCGGUUCCGUAUUUAGCUAUCGCCCCUGCGGUUUGUUUGGUUAGUGCCAUAAUCACCGAGUUCAUAACAUCGAACGAUGCUACGGCGACCCUCGUGCUUCCACUUUUGAUUCAAAUGGCCAAAACAAUGCACGUUCACCCAUUGCUCCUUAUGGUUCCUGGCGCAAUCGGAUCGCAACUCGCUUUCAUGCUUCCGACCGCAACACCUUCUAACGUUGUCGGAUUCAUGACGGGGCAUAUAGAUAUUCCCAAUAUGGUGAAGACGGGGAUACCGCUUAAGAUCGCUGGCAUCGUGAUUUUGUCGAUAUUAAUGCCUACACUUGGAACUUUUGUUUUCGGAACAAACCAUGGAGUUCAAUAGCUGCCGUGGAAAGAUCGAUGUAUAUUAUUACGCAGCAACAUUCGAAAUCAAUCACCCUUUUAACUAUCCGAACGAAGGCUUCGUCCAAUAUGUUGCAAUACCAAGUGUUGCAACAAAGUGAUUAGUGAUCACAAUAGGUGGGGGGGGGG